AUGGAGUCAGACAUCUCACAAGCCUUCCAGAAAGAACUCACCUGCUGCAUCUGCCUGAGCUGCCUGACAGACCCAGUCACCAUAAGCUGUGGUCACAGCUUCUGUCAAGCCUGCCUCCACCUUUACUGGGAAGACAUCGAAUGUCCUGUCCAAUGUCCUAUUUGCAGGGAACCAGCCCAGAAGAAGGGCUUGAGAACUAACAUUGUUCUGAAGGAGCUGGUGUUCAUUGCCAGAAAAGCCAGCCUCAUGAAAGACCUGAGCUCUGAGGAGCAUAAGUGUGUGACUCACAUGGAAACAAAGAGGAUCUUCUGUGCUGAGAACAGGAUCUUCCUCUGUCAACUCUGCUCUAACACUCAUGAGCACAGAGGACACAGACACUGUCCCACUGAAGCAGCUGCUGAGGAUCAAAUGCAAAGACUUCUAGAGCAAAUGACAUGUUUAUGGGAGAAGAUUCAAGAAAAUCAAGAGAAUAUAAAGGCAGAGAACAGAAUGAUAACUCUGUGGAUGGACUACUUGACUCUUCGGGAAGAAAUGAUCAGGACAGAGUAUAGGAAACUGCAUCCACUCCUCUGUGAAGAGGAAGAGAAACACAUCGAGUCUAUGAAAAAUGAAGGCCAAUGUGUUUUAGAGAAACUCAGGGCAAGUGAAGCCAUGAUGGUCCAAAAGAACAAAGAACUAAGAGAUAUGUAUCAGGAGCUGAUGGCAAUGUCCCAGGAGCCAUAUGUGGUCCUGCUGCAGGGUUUGGACGACAUGUUCAGAAGGAGUGAGUCAAUGCAGCUAAGCAUGCCUCAGACUACGAACCCAGAACUCAAUGCCCUACCCAUCACUGGACUGACUGAAAGUUACAAACAGUUCCAGGUUCACAUUUUCUUUGAAAAUACAAUCGUAUUCCAUCACAAAAUGAACAUAUUUAAUGCCAUGAGAAGAUUUAUCUUUCGACCUCACCAUAAAGAUACACAUGCAGAUUCUGCUGGAUGCUAUUUUGCUUCCUGGAGAUCAAAGAACUCCUUCACUUCUGGGAGAUAUUACUGGGAACUGGAUUUGAAGGACACUUGGGAGUGGGCUGUGGGGUUCUGUAAGGAUUCCUGGUUAAGGAACAGAAACCAACUGACUGACUAUGAAGGUGCAUUUCUUCUUGUGUGUGUGAAGGAGGGUAGUCAUUAUAGUCUCCUCACCACGUGCCCAGUAUUACAGCACUAUAUAAAGAAGCCAAUAGGUCGAGUUGGGGUGCUCCUUGAUUGUGUGGAUGGAAGUUUAAGUUUCCUGAAUGUUGCUCGGAAUUCUCUCAUAUACAGGUACCCCCCUGGUACCUUUAAUUAUCAGGUCAAGCCUUUCUUCCUCACUGGCUACACUUGGUCAUAG